AUGUCAACGGAAUUAAUAACAACUACUCCACGAUUUUCUUCACAAAAACCUCAUCAUCAAAAAAAAGUUAAAUUCACAAAUUCAAAUAAUUCGGAUCAAUUUCCCAACUUUCCGUCGUCGCCGUCGUCGCUGCCUUCAAUACCAUCAGGACAUUUAGAAAAUUCCACAAAGUUUUGGCAAUUUAAAGUAGAAGAAGAAAUGAUUACUUAUGUUAGAUAUGGUAGUAUAGAUUAUGAUGGUAGUUUAAAAGAAAGGGCACUUCAUGUUCAACAACAUUCAUGUUACCUUGACGCAAAAAAUUUCAUUGAAAAUUUAAUAAAUGAAAAAACUAAAGCUGGUUACAUUGGUUGGAUUAAUUGGUAA